AUUUAUUUAUACAUUUCUAGUUGAUCGACUUACUAUACUCGAAAACAUCGAUGUAAACAAUUAUUUCCAGAUUCGACGUUCAUUACGGCUUCACUGUGUGCCUAGAAAGUUGCGUGGAACGAAAUAAUCGGUGGUUAUUCUUUCUACACAAUAUUGAUACACAGUUAUACGUAAGUGCAAUGGUUUGAAACUUAAUGCGAGGGUUAGUAAAUGACAGUGAACUGUGAGCCGGGUUAUUCGGCUGCCGAUGGUUGAGGCAGCCUUACGUGAGUUUCUGACGUGUGAAUUAAUAAAUAGUCUUCACGAGUGUUGUUCUUAGAUUAAACUUUUUUUUAAGAAUAUUACUUUUUUCAUCCAGUGGACUUUGAGCAUAUCCAGCUAUGCCGUGUAAUUGUGAAGUAAAAGUUCUGGACGGACGAUCGCAGCACUUAAAUGGCUGCGGGUUCAACUCUGCACUCCAGAAUGGCACACAGAAUGAUGAAAAUAUCCACAGUGGGCAUCAUCCCCACAGAAAGGUGUACGACGAAGAAGAGACGGAAGGCGAAGACGUUAGCGUAGAUCGAAAUUUAGUUAGGUACCCAGAUGGUACGGUGCGUCUUCGCAACCCGAACAUCGAGCUUAUGGACCAAGACAUUCUGUAUCACUUGGCGCUCGGCAGCGGCUCCCACGACCUCGUCGAGAUGUUCGGAGACGUUAAGUUUGUGUGUAUGGGGGGUACACCGAAGCGCAUGCAGGAAUUCGCGUUCACCAUCAUGCAAGAGAUAGGCCACAAGCUGCCCUGCGGCACCACGCUCCAUGACAUCAGCCAGUUCUCUUAUCGAUAUUCCAUGUACAAAGUUGGACCCGUGCUUUCCAUUAGUCAUGGCAUGGGUAUCCCAUCAGUGGGUAUCCUGCUCCACGAGGUGAUAAAGCUGAUGUACCACGCGAGGGUCCAAGACCCGGUAUUCUUCCGCAUCGGCACGUGCGGUGGCAUCGGGUAUGAGGGUGGCACUGUCGUUAUUUCUGAUGAGGCCGUUGACGGAGCGCUGAAAAAUGCUCUGGAGUUGACGGUUCUGGGUAAGACUGUGCAGCGACCGGCAAAGCUUGACCGAAGACUCGCGCGCGAGCUCAAAAGCCUCACUGACCCUGAGGAUCCAUAUGACACGAUCAUCGGGAAAACUAUGUGCACUUAUGACUUUUAUGAAGGUCAAGGACGUUUGGACGGGGCGUUCUGCGACUUCACAGAGAACGAUAAAAUGGAAUAUUUGGAGAGCAUCCAUAAGUCUGGAGUGGUUAACAUUGAGAUGGAGUCUUUAUCUUUUGCUGCACUUACGCACCAUGCUGGUAUUAAAGCUGCCGUCAUUUGUGUGACUCUCUUGGAUCGCCUUAAGGGUGAUCAGGUAUUAGCACCUAAGGAGGUGUUGGACGAGUGGCAAACGCGUCCAACGAAGCUGGUUUGCCGUCAUAUUAAGAGGUACCUGCAGAUGAAGGGUCGUCUGUCACUGGAUGGGCACGGCUCUAUAGCAGUAAAGAGCCCUCGACGCUUCAAGCUCGUGCAGCAGGAAUCCGAGACCUACGAUUAAUGUAUAACCGACAUACUGCACUCGAUACUAGCGAAGUACACUGCGCCUUCUAAAAGCUUGAACGCAAAAUGUAAAAAAAAGAUAAGGAAUAUUCUGUCAGUCAAUCCACCAUUUUUUAUUGUACGCAAACGCUGAUAUAUACGGUCUAGUAUAAUUUGUGAAGGCGAGUUGCCUUCUCUGAUGGAAUAUUCUUUAUUAAAGUUCUGACAACUGCGACGGGGCUUAAUAUUACGCUAAUCAUUCACUGAUUAUCAAAUAACACUAUGAUGUCGCUGCCUUUCAAGAAUAGUAACUCAAGCCAAAAUAAUAUUUUUUUUAUUUAUAACACGUAUUCUCAAACCUUUUUCGUUUUUGUUUAUUAAAAACGUCGGACCGGCCUUCGGCUAAUAUAAUCACGUAACGUUGGACAAGUAUUCGAUUAAUAUCAUCUUCCUGACGAAUUAGCUGUUUUUGAGACAGGGCGCUAUUCUAGAAAGCCAUCGACCAUAGUAUAAUGACCAAAUAUAGUAACUGCAUACAAACGUAGCAGCGCGGCUGCUACGUGUGAAUGUCGAUCGUGCUCCGUGUACGGACGCACACAUUCGCCUAAUAGCUAAAGGCGCGUGAGACGCGAGUUACAUCGCAAGAUUAUGCGUCUUUUUUAUAUGUAAAAAUAAGUGCGCAUUUGGCCUCCAUCUCCCCUGAUGGGAAGUGACGAUGAGGUCGACUGUCACCUUUUUUCACUGUCGCCUUUAGGUCGGUCCUAGUUGGGUCCAAGUUAUAGCGUUCGGGGAACAAGUCCGCAGGCAGGUAUCAAUUCCACUUCCUAGCCGCUUGCCGUAUGAAUGUGGAAGCGAAACGCUUCCUUCCUGGAAAUAUCCACAACAUAGGGUUGAACCCCAGCCCACAUCUAGUCCCCCGAUGAUGGAAAGGGGAAGUCGAAAUCAAAUCGUGCGAUUCCAUCGCACACUCUACGUGAUAUAUCCUGUAGAAUACCGAUAAGCAGGCAACUUUCAGGUGUUCAAGGCUCUGCAGCUUCGCCUCUACCAACUCCGAGUCACAUAUAAACUUCUUGGCAAUCUUGUCGAUUGGAUCCAAGGUGGCCAAUUGGUAUUUAGCAGAGCCGGCAGCAGUACAACAUACACGACCGGAUUUGUGCUUGGUAUAGCUAAAGCAACUGUCCCGACGUCUGUACACGGCACGCGAUGGGCGCGCACACAAAUAAGCCACGCUUGCAUGCUACGUUUGUAUGGAGUUACCAUACUUGUCUCGUUAUACUAUGUAUAUAAACAAUGGAUUUCGCUAAAAAUGAGGUCGCCAUUUCAUCCGCUCAUCUAUUACUGGCGACGGGUCAUAAAAUAGUAGAUAGCUUUAAUAUUGAUGGUAGAGAUCAGGAAUAUAAUCAGUUAUUAAUCUAAUGCAACUGAUUGUUCGCACUGCCAUACUCACAUCGUGUGAUACCAUUAUUGUUAUUUCCCGUGAUGUUAAAGCCAAACUUAAAUUUUACAUCAGUGAAAACCUUUAUUUAUUUAUUUUGUAAACCCCUCGACACAAAAGAUUAGCAAGUCCAAUUGAGCUAGGCUAUGUAAUCUCCAAGGGCUUGAAACAUUCAAACCUUUUUCAAUAACGUACGCUCUUAAUGGAAUGAGAAAUUCGUUUGAAAACAAAUGAAAGGGCACUUUAAAAGUUCAUUAUAGUAAGACAGAAUUAUUGCAACCUUAAUAUCGAUAC